UUGAUUAUUGUAUUGAUAUGGGGAAGGCUGCAAUACCUAAGCCACCGUUGUGGCCCUAUAUUCAAAAAAUUGUCAUCCCACUAUAUCAAUAUGCCCUAAAGCUCCCUAGGGUUAGACUUUAGAACCAACAGGUGAGGCAGCCAAGUCAAGUCUAAAUAACGCAGACUUGCAGAUCUCAGAAACAUCUUGGCAGUAGACUUAGGUAACGGUCAAACCCCUUCACACUUGAGCGCAAGGAGUUGACAGCAGCAAUUCAAAGUACACAACACCUCAGACCGUCACACGGCAAGUAACAUCACCGCACAACAUAACCUUACCUCAAACAAUGACAUCCUCCCCAUUACUAUUCCGGUACUCAAACGACCAAGUCGCUGCCUCCGAUGAAGCCAAAGCAUUCUCAUGGGAAGCCCCCGUGCCAGUGAACGCUUUCUGGGACAGCUUCAAGCACUUCGCCGCGCGCAGCUUCCCCGACAACUUCUCAGACCCGGAACGCAAUCAGCUCCCCAUCAACCCCAACAGCGCCGACGACCAAGAAACAAAACUCCGUCCACUUUUACAGCUCCUCCAAGCCAAACUCGCCCAGGAAGAAGCUGCUACCUCGCCGCCGCAGUUACUUCACGAACUGGACUAUAAGCGGUGGUAUGGACUCUGGCAGGGGAUUUACGUGGUGCAGAAUGAGCUAGAUCUACCCGAAGCCGAGAAGACUGUGCGCAUGCUAGUGGAUAAGAGACUAGAUAAGACGAAUGACAUCGUCCCGCCGCAUAUGCUCAGUGACCAUCUCGUGAAGAUUGGGAAGCACAAGGAGGCAGAGGAAACGGCGAGACUAGUGUGUGCAUGGAUGGAUGCGCAUCCGCGGCUAGGCAGGGAUUCACCACAGGCAAUCAGAUUGCGGGGGAUUAUUGCCAGAGCAGUGUGGCUUCAGGGCGCAUCGCGGCGGGUUGAGGCAGAGGCGUUGGUGGGCGAGAUUCGAGGGGUUGUAGAGGGGAUGGGGGAGGGGAGGUUUGCGGUUUAUCAGGGGAGGAGAGGAGGCUGAAUGAGAA